CGUCAACACAACGAACACACGCACAGGCACAGCUGAUCGCCGCCACCGCCGCUUCCAGACCCUCGCGGAAACUCCUCUUAUUUAGACCCUCCCAGACCCAAAAUUAAGGCAGACGGACACAGACAAUGCAGAGGACUAAAGUAGCUCUGCUGCUGGUGGUGGGGCUUACGUGUGUGGUGAGUGAGGUGAUGCUGGAUGCUCCCAAGCCCCCUGGAGGUGAAGGGAACAGUGACAACACCAAGAACAGCAAGAACAACAAAGAGAGCUUGAAGGCCACCAAGCUGCCACCAUGUGCAUCAUGCAGAGUACUGACAGACUCAUUUAAAAAGGGAAUCGAGUCAACAUCCCGAGGGAAGUACGAGGGAGGAGACUCAGCCUGGGAGGAAGAGAAGAAGCUGUCUUACAAGAAAUCUGAAGUGAGAUUAAUUGAAAUUCAAGAAAAGUUGUGCAAGGACGUGGAGAGAGGCAAGAACCAGUGUGAGUCCAAAGCGGAGGAGCACGAGGGUCUUCUGGAGGACUGGUGGUUCAGGGAGCAGGAGAAGGAGCCAGACCUACACACAUGGCUCUGUGUGGAGACGCUGAGGGUCUGCUGCCCACCCAACCACUAUGGGCCGCAGUGCCUCCCAUGCAAAGGGGGGAUCGAGAACCCUUGUGGCGGCAAUGGCAAGUGCAAGGGCGCAGGGACACGGAAGGGCAGUGGGGAGUGUUCCUGCAACCCUGGCUACACCAAUGAGAUGUGUGACGCCUGCUCCUACGGGUACUACCAGGCCUACCGGGAUGACACGAAGAUCCUGUGUGAGAAGUGCCACAAGGCGUGUAACGGGCCCUGCAGUGGGCCGGGCCAGAAGUCGUGUGUGGCGUGCCAGGAGGGUUGGCUCAUGGACACAGAGAAGGGCUGCCUCGAUGUCAAUGAGUGUGCCGCCAGCAAGUCCCCCUGCAAACACAACCAGUUCUGCGUCAACAACGAGGGAACGUACACUUGCUUGGAGUGUGACAAGGCCUGCGACGGGUGCAACGGUGAUGGCCCGGACAUGUGCAAUAAAUGUGCCGAGGGAUUUAUCUUGGAGAAGGACAUGUGUGUAGACAACAGUGCGAAGGUCCGCGAGAAACACAUGAUGUUUGGACGUUACGUCACCUAUGGCGGCCUGACCCUGGCCACUUGCAUCAUUCUGCAGAAGAACACUGUAAUCGCUGCCAUCGUUGGCCUUAGCGUGGCUGUUUACAUCAGCUUCUCAGAGUACUACCUCAAGGACACCCCGCCACCCCCCGUCACCCCCGAACUGCCGGCAUCUUUGUUCGCGCCGCAGGACAUGACCAAUUAAGAGGUCUAGAAAGCAUUUUGUGCCUCAUUCUAACGGACUGACGUGAUCCACUAAGACCUUACUCCAAACAUUCUGAUCCAAGCACUCAAAGGCUUCUCUAAACAUACUAAUUUAACAAACUGACCUUCCCUUCCCUUUCAAAUUAGCCUGUAAGAAUGGCCCCAUCAUGGAAAGGCCUCAGUAAGGUUUUAAUUCACAAAUUGUCUUUCCCUCCCUUAGUAUUCCAUUAGUCUAAUCCUAUUACCAAAAAGCUUCACUUGGGGUUAUGAUUAACAGACUGCCUUUCCCUCCUAUCCCUCCCAACUAGUCCAUUAGAAUGAGUGUUAAUGUUGGGUGGAGGAGAGUCGGUGAAAACACUAGGCACAAAAAAAUAGAUCAGGACUCACCACUCUUGUAUGGAUUUGCUGUUUUUACUGCCACCUCUCUUCUCCUCUCAGGCAUUAAGCAUCGGCUGUCAUGCAUAAGUUAUUGAUGGUUGCUGGAGGAUGGCCACAGAGAAGCUAUUCAGUUACUAAUUGAAUUCUGUGUAUGUUAUGUACUGAGUUAUGCUGAAGUUGAAGGCUUAUGUGUGAUUAGUUGGUAAGAUGAAGUAGUGGUUUCAGUGUCUGGUUUUAGCUGUGUUGGGGUGGAGAGUUUUGUACGCUCUUGGACCACCCGCGGGUUUUGGUAAGGGAGAGUAGCAUUAUAGUGUGUGCAGAGAAUAUAUUCAUGAAACAUGUUAGUCUGAAUUGGUGAGAUUAGAAGCUUUACACUAUAACCAUUGCUCAUUGCCGAUUGAUUUAUCAGUGCUGAAAUUAGUAUUAUAUAUCUUAUGGAAACACUUCAAAAUACGCUUGUAGGUGUUUUAUGUCCAUACUGGGUCUUGUCACACAAACACACAGCACUCCAGUGUCACCUUCUACUUCAGUCACAGUGUUGACAUGAGAAAUUGUUUCUACCAUGAUGGAAGUGUGUGUGAAGUAGUUUUACUUUUUCUCAUGUCGCAUUAAGUGGUUGUCAUUGGCGAUACUGUAGUUGUUUGAUGGGACCGUCAUCUUGAGUUGGCCUGAGAGAGGGAGGGAAGAGGAUGAAUGUGUAUGUAUGUUUCUUGGGGCGCACACGAACACGGGCACACUGACCAAGGGUUUUGGUAGUGAAUCUCAAUGCUACGUAAAUAAUUUUUUUACAUGUGUAUUUUGCACUGCUAAUGUCAAUUAGGAAUACAAAUGACAGAACUGGUAUGACUGGUCAGGAGAGUAUUCUUGUACAAAUUUGGUAGUCACUGAAAUAUAGGUUGGUCAAAUCUGUAAGUGCUGCCAUACAUAUCUUGGGGCUUAGCAAUUUAACAGGUGAUAAAUGGACAGCCUGGCUUGGUCUAUGCUGGAUACAACGGCAGGAUAGGGAGGAAUAUGGGGAGCUGGAGACAGAUGAUGAUAAACUGGAGAAAAAACUUUACUGCAUGACAACAAAGGAUCAUCAUGUUUAGGGAGUACAGUCAUGCAGCAGCUCUUUGGUGGUGCACCUCAAGUUCUUUCAUUGCCUGCACAAAGUGUGUCGUGGUGUUGUGCUACAUUUCUAGUCAGCGGUUACCAUAAAAGAAGUGCUUCUUUUAGUUACAUUAGCUAUUUUUUAUCUUCUUAACAUAGGAUGUCAGAGAAAGUUCAGCCUGCCAAUAAGGAUGCUGAGAUCUGAGUGUUGUACUGAGGCAUAAGUGGAGACAAAGCCAGCGCUCAAAGGUGAUGUUCGUACAAGGCGUCGAUGCUGGGAUUUAUAGACAUCAGGGCAUUAGAGUCACUCAUUCCACACGUUGCCGCCUACUCUGUGCGUGGCGCCGGAAGUUAGAAUAGAAGGAUCGAUGAGAGAAGAUCAUUGUAUUUUUACACCAAACAUAAUGUGUGUGUGUGUCUUGCUGUCAGCUCACAUGGAUCACUGGUGUAGCAUCAACAUCAUAGAGACUUUACUGAAUACAUAUGUGGGAUUGUUGAUGUGAAAAUAAUAUUCUUGUUUAUUAUUAUCAUUAUCAUUACUGUUACUAUUAUUAUUAUCAUUAUUGAAAGUGUGCAUAUUGUCUUAGUUUAUUCAAGUACAUGUGUGAGUUUGUUUAUGCCAAGGAUGUUUUCUCCACCCUGACACCUCCACCUCCACCCACACCUUCACCCAUUCCUCCACCCUCCCUUACAUCACGACCAGCUCACACUCCACCACCCACCACAUCCCCUUCCUGUUCCACCACAUCCUCAUUCAUUAGCCCUCCACUUUGUCUGCAUUCCUCACCCUACCACCAGACCCUUCCAUCACCCCUGACCCUACCACCAGACCCUUCCAUCACCUCUCACCCUACCACCAGACCCUUCCAUCACCCCUGACCCUACCACCAGACCCAUCCAUCACCCCUGACCCUACCACCAGACCCUUCCAUCACCCCUGACCCUACCACCAGACCCUUCCAUCACCCCUGACCCUACCACCAGACCCUUCCAUCACCCCUGACCCUACCACCAGACCCUUCCAUCACCCCUGACCCUACCACCAGACCCUUCCAUCACCCCUGACCCUACCACUAGACCCCUCCAUUACCCUCUCCCUUGCAGUGUCCCUCACCUACGCAUCACUCUAUCACCCUCACAUCUCCCAUACGCAUCCCUCGCUGAUCACCACCUCACCUUGAAUGCCUCCCUCACCCCUACACAUCCUCCAGUUCAUCAUCCACUAAUUGUCACUGCCUACCUCAUCCAUCUACCGCCUCAUCACCCUUCCGCAACCCUCAUGCAUCCUUCACUCCAUCCGGCAAAUUUGAGAGCCUUGGAACUUUCUCCAAACAAUUUAUAAUGCUGAUAAAUAAUGAUGAUAAUAAUAGUAAUAAUGCUAUGUCUGUUCAGCACAAGGUAAGAAUGCAUUUUCAUGUCUGUGAAUUCUUUUUAUAUUAUGUAGGCUAUGAUGAUAUUAUAAGAUGGAAGGAAUGUG